AACCUGCCUAGAAGUGAGCGGUUUAAAGCAGAAAAUACAAUCCUUGUUGGCCUCAUGCCCAGACCAAAAGAGCCAAAAUCAGAAGAGAUCAAUCAUUAUAUCAAGCCAUUAGUCGACAAAAUGAUACAGCUCUAUCUUGGAAUACAGAUACCCACCUACCAGCAAACAGACGGUGCAACAGUUCGUGCAGCCUUAUUGAUGGUUGCAUGCGAUAUACCUGCUGCCAGAAAGACUAGUGGGUUCACCGCGCACAACAGCACAUGCGUCUGUUACAAAUGCGACAAUCAAUUUUCUCGUCUACCAGGCACUUCUUCUGUUGAUUUCCAUGGAUCUGAUUGUGACCAGUGGCGCCAUCGAAGUGAUAGAGCAAACCGUGUGCAUGCUGAGGAGUGGAAUAGUGCGAGUACACCCUCAGAAAGGCAGCAGCUGGAGGUCGAAUAUGGUGUUCAAUGGUCGCAGUUGUAUCAUCUUGGUUACUUUGAUCUAGUACAUGGAACGAUCAUUGAUGUCAUGCAUAAUCUUUUUCUGGGA